AGAAGAAGUCAGUCAGUCAUAUGAUGUCUUGAGAUGGGUUGUAGUGCAGUUUAUCUAGAAAGAUGAAGUAUUCACAGCUGUUUCUUGGUUUAUUGUGUGUUUCUGUCUCCGUGAGUUAUUCCACAAAUCUAAUCCAGACCUUCGUCAUCCCUCACAGUCACAUGGAUGUCGGAUGGGUGUACACAGUUCAGGAGAGCAUGCAUGCUUAUGCAUCAAAUGUGUACACCACCGUUGUGGAGGAGCUGACACGAGUUAAGAAUCGCAAAUUCAUUGCGGUUGAGCAGGAAUUCUUCCGACUUUGGUGGAAUACCACAGCGUCUCAGUGGCACAAGAAUCAGGUGAGACAGCUUCUGCAGGAAGGGCGUCUGGAGUUUAUUAUUGGAGGUCAGGUGAUGCAUGAUGAGGCAGUGACGGAUAUUGAUGAUGCCAUCCUUCAGCUGACAGAGGGACAUGGGUUCUUGUAUGAAACGUUUGGCGUCAGGCCUCGCUUCUCCUGGCAUGUUGACCCCUUCGGUGCCUCUGCCACCACUCCGGUCCUUUUUGCCCUGGCUGGAUUUGAUGCUCAUCUCAUCUCUCGUAUUGACUAUGACCUCAAAAAUGACAUGCAGAAGAGCAAGAGACUGCAGUUUGUGUGGAGAGGGUCAGCCUCAUUAGGGAAGGCCCAAGAGAUUUUCACACACACAAUGGACCAGUACAGUUACUGCACACCAUCAUACCUCCCCUUCUCAAACAAGUCAGGGUUUUAUUGGAAUGGAGUUGCUGUGUUCCCAGACCCACCUAAAGAUGGGGUGUAUCCCAACAUGAGCCUCCCAGUUACAAAGGACACUUUGGAGCCCUAUGCCCAAACCAUGGUGACCAAUAUUAAACAAAGAGCCCAGUGGUUCCAGACUAACCAUCUUCUCUGGCCUUGGGGAUGUGAUAAGCAGUUCUACAAUGCCUCUGUGCAGUUCAGAAAUAUGGAUGUGUUAAUGAAUUACAUCAACCAGCAUAGUGAGAAGUUUGGUGUGACUGUUCAGUAUGCUACUCUUAAAGACUAUUUCCAAACUUUGUACCAAUCAAAUAUGUCCUGGGAGGUGAGGGGAAGUCAAGAUUUUCUCCCAUAUUCCACUGAGCAAUUCCAGGCAUGGACAGGGUUCUACGCCUCCAGGAAUGUUCUGAAAGGAGUUGCAAGGAGAGCCAGUUCCCUUUCCCAUGCUGCAGAGUCUUUGUUUGUGCGGUACCGGAUCAAGUACCCUGAUGGCCCUGUCCAGAAAGAAUGGGCUAUGGACAAGCUCAAAUCCAUCAGAUGGGCUGUCUCUGAGGUUCAACAUCAUGAUGGCAUUACAGGAACGGAAUCACCAAAGGUGGCUGAUAUGUACAUGGAUCACCUCAUGCAAGGGAUGAUGGGAGUGCAAGAACUCUUAGCAGCCAUGUUUCUUCUUCCUCAAAAUCCUGGCAUUCCUGUUGACUCCUUUAACCCAGAGUUGUCAAAGGCCCUUGAGCAGCACAUCAUUGUGUACAACCCACUUGCGUGGAACAUUACAACCUACAUCAACAUUUCUGUAAAAUAUCCAAUGGCACUUGUGUUUGAUGAUGAUGGGAAAGCAGUUCCUGCUCAGAUCCAGCCAUCUGCAGAGUCACCGGAUGACUAUGAUCUUUUCAUUGUGGUGGAACUGGGUGGACUUCAGUACAGAAAAUACCUCAUCCAGUUCCCACAAUCAAAGUGUAACACUGGUUCUACGUGUGGACUCACUUACACAGCGAGGGUGGUGAAUUUUAAGAGACGGAACGUUAGUGAGUGGAAGAAAACGGGGAGAAUGCUCUUACCUGUGCUGAACGACUGCUACGUACUGCUGUUCGACCAAGAGACAAAUCUUCUGCAUAGUAUAAAACUCAGGCAUGAAAAGAAGACCAUUAAGAUACAGCAAGACUUUUGGGAAUACAAGGCCAAUGGAGAUGUCCAUGCUGGGCCUAUCUCCGAUAACUAUGUCUUUACAGCCAAUGAUUCUGUUCCUGGGUACAAAUCUGUCUCGAUGCAAAUAAUUCCAGGGACAAUCAUUUCUGAAAUACGUCAAUAUUUCUACAGGGAUGAAUCUGAUAAGAACCACACUUACUCAGUGGUCACCCAGGUGCCGGUGGGUUUCAAGGACAAGUUAUUGUGCCAGAGAUUGGAUCAGAGCUAUGUGGUGGGCCCUCUACUGGUGAACAGAGAAGCUGUACUCAGAACCAUCACUAGUCUUAGUAACAACAGGACAAUAUAUACUGAUGAUAACGGCUACCAGAUGAUGAAGAGGGAGUAUAAGAAGUAUAUUAACAAUACGUUAUCUCGAAACUACUACCCAAUGGUACGAGGAGCAUACAUCGAAGAUGAUGACAGCAGAUUGGUGUUACUCAGCGAGAGAGCGCAUGGGGUAGCUAGUCUCAGCCAGGGCCAGAUAGAGGUGAUGCUCCAUAGACGACUUUGGAACAACCAGGAGUGGAAUCUGGGGUAUAAUCUGACCCUGAAUGACUCCUCAGUGGUGCGGCCAGUUCUGUGGAUGAUGGUUGGCUCUCCUGCUGCAAUGGUCUCUCUCUAUCCACGAGCAGCACUACAGUUACAGCACAGGCCCGUGGUCUUAACUAUAGACAAACCUGAGAAACCAUGGAGUAGGAGAGUGUGCUGGAAUGGACCCAAUGUCCAACCUGUAGUUUUGCCUCAGAAUCUCCACCUGCAGUAUCUCAGUAUUCCUGGUUGGAGCUACAACCCAAAACACACCCAGCACCUCCGGGAUCUUGACUCUGGUGAAGAAAAAACAUCUAAAUCAGACUUUGAUUGGGUUCUCUUGAGGAUUACUCAUUUGUAUGAGAAAGCAGAGGAUCCUGUUCUGUCCAAACCUACCACCAUCAACCUAAAGGAAGUCAUGCAGGGAAUAGGGGAAAUAAAGGAAGUGCAGGAACGUUCCCUCACAGGAACCUGGGAUAUUAAAGAUAUCCAGAGAUGGAGCUGGAGGACGACUGAGAAGGGACAGAACACUGAGAGCACCAGCUCCUUUCAAGGUGUAACCAAGGACUUCAGUGUAACCAUAUCACCAAAAGAGAUCAGAACUUUCUUGCUUUACUUUAAAUAGUAGUCUGUAGUCUGUCCUUUCACUUGUUUGUUCACUCACUGGCAAGAAUCAGUUACAACACAAAACUGGUGUUGGUGUAAGGGAAAAACUUUCCUUAAAUCUUGGAUGAACCUUCUCUUAACAUAAACAUGACUAUUUUUCCUGAAUGGCCAGUUUCUUAAACUCGGAUUCCUGGUGGUGAAAACCUUUAGGCAUCUUCUGUGAAGAUUAUUAUAUUCAACUGUUUCUGUGUUCCUUAAAGUGAUUUAUUGAUGAUGGUUAAUUUUUUUCCAUCUUGCAAUCUUUUUCCUUGAG